UAGUUUCUCUCUCAGGGAAAAAAGCUGGAAGAAACUAAAGAAGACUUGCCGUGGGCCGUAUGUCAAAAACAGAACAGUGGACCAGGAGUUUUGUUGUUAUGGAACUAGAGGUAAGUGUGGUAGGAAGUACGUCUCUCCUCGCUUUGAAAUUCCAGAGAAUAGUCAGCGUUUCUUUUCGACUUGAUGGUAAGAUAGUACGCUUUUCUUCUCAUACAUCAGCGAUCCGGCAUAUUUUAUCUUAUACUCUCGUUUGGCCGAAUCGUUUUCAAAUCUGGAAUUGAUCGGAUCCUCCCGUUUUGCAAUUGUGAUUGGCGAAGAAGUGUUCUAUACAGUAUCUAUACUCUAGUUUGAAUCACGGAAGAGGAGCAAGAUGAGGGUCAGUGGAGGAAAAGUCUUGGCAUAUACUGCUGCUAUUUGCUCAGCAUGUAGUAGUUUGGUUAGUGCAAUUACUCUUGAUUUGAGCUCUGAUGAAAGCAUCAAAACCGCCGCAUCCGAUGUCGCCUACGAUAUGAUGAAAUACUACACAGGAAAUAAUACCGGAGAUGUCGCUGGUAACUUACCUGACCCCUAUUAUUGGUGGGAGGCAGGAGCUAUGUUUGGUAUAAUGGUCGACUAUUGGUAUUAUACUGGGGAUACUACCUACAACGCCGAAGUAAAAGAAGCUCUCCUACAUCAAGCUGGCAGCGAUUACGAUUUCAUGCCUACCAAUCAGACAAAGACAGAAGGAAAUGAUGAUCAAGGAUUUUGGGGAAUGGCUGCUAUGACAGCUGCAGAGGCUAAUUUUGACAAUCCGGAUAGUGGAACACCUGGCUGGUUAGCAAUGGCGCAAGCAGUUUUCAACGAUAUGGCAGCUAGAUGGGAUGAAUCAACUUGUGGAGGUGGUUUGAGAUGGCAAAUCUUUACAUUCAACUCCGGAUACAACUAUAAGAAUAGUAUUGCGAACGGGUGUUUCUUCAAUUUAGGAGCUAGGUUGGCGAGGUAUACUGGAAAUUCAUCAUAUGCCGAUUGGGCCGAAAAGAUCUUCACGUGGGAACAAUCUGUUGGAUUGAUCGGUGAUGGUUGGGAGGUAUAUGAUGGUACAUCCGAUACAACAAACUGCAGCUCUCUCGAUCAUAUACAAUGGACAUACAACGCUGGUAUCUAUCUUUUCGGAGCUGCCAUGAUGUACAAUUACACCAACGGAUCAUCCCUUUGGGAAAAUCGAACAGCAGGACUUUUGAAUGCUAGUAGUGUAUUCUUUAAAGAUAAUGUUAUGUAUGAAGCAGCAUGUGAAACUACCACAGUCGGUUGCGACACCGAUGAACAAUCAUUCAAAGCUCAUCUUUCUCGUUGGAUGGCGGGAACCACCAAAAUCGCUCCAUUUACCGAACCAACAAUCAUGACUUACAUUAACGCUUCUGCUCAAGCGGCAGCAGAACAAUGCGCUGGAGGAGCUAGCGGAAGAGCAUGUGGAGAACAUUGGACUGCAGGAAGUACUUACGAUGGAAAAUAUGGAGUCGGAGAACAAAUGAGCGCUUUGAGUAUCAUUCAAGCAACACUUAUUGGGCAAGCAGCCGAUCUCGUCACAAACAAUACGGGCGGAACAAGUGCAGGAAAUGUAGCAGGUGGAAGUGGAAGUAGUUCCAAGAGUGAUGGGACAGUCGAAACACCAGUCACCAGUGGAGAUAGAGCCGGAGCAGGAAUCUUAACGGCGCUUAUGAUAACCGGUGUAAUCGGAGGUGUGGGAUUUAUGGUUCUGGGUUGAGAUGAGGAGGGUGAAUGGGGCAUUGAGAGGGAAAGAUGGUUGUAUGUUUAUAGGGAAUAAGUUGGGCGUUUGGUGUUCAAAUCAUGUGUGCACACACAUUUUUGGCGUAUAUCAUCAGCGUUGUACAUUAGGGGGAGUAUAUUAUCUUACAGUCUGGAUUUCGAUACCGGGGUAUCCAUUUAUCAGCUUUUAGUAUUUACCCGAUACAAUUUGUACAUUUACAUUAAUCUAAAUAAAACAGAAUAAGUCAAGGACUAUAAAAUUAAAAACCUUUGAA